CUGGCCUCUCCCAGACCCUUCGUCAUCAGACUCCUCAUUGUGCGGCCAGGCCCCAGCCAUGAAAGCCGUUUCCCAAACCUUCGUCUCCUCCCAAGCCUGGGCCUCACUUGAGGACUCCUGGGCAGCGUGGCUACUGAAUGGGAUCCUUUGGUCUGGAAUUGAUGGUUGCUCCGCCAAUGUCACCGUCUAGACUGAGGCAGGUCUCACUUCGUAGCCAAGGCUGACUUCAAACUUGUGACCUUUCGGCUUGCUUCAGACUAUGAAUGCUGGGAUUUCGGGCCUGAACUGUGCCUAGCGUAGAUGUUUUCAGAAAAAACCAUCAAGGGUUCUGUGAGAUGAAAAGCUCCCCCAGAUUUCCCACCCGCAACCAGAAUAUAAGAAACCGGGCUGUGCAUGGAGGCAGAACUAACAGCUGCUCUUAAAACUGGACAAUGUGGGGCUGGAGAGAUGGCUCAGCGGUUAAGAGCACUGACUGCUCUAACAGAGAUCCUGAGUUCAAAUCCCAGGAACCACAUGGUGGCUCACAACCAUCUGUAAUGAGAUCUGAUGCCCUUUUCUGGUGUGUCUGAGGGCAGCUACAGUGUACUCAUAUACAAUAAAAUAAAAUCUUAAAAAAAAAACUGGACAAUGUAAAGCAGGAGCCUAUCUCAAGAAUAAAGGUGGGAAAAAAAAAAAAAAAAAAAAGGCUGGCAAAUGGCUCAGCAGUUUAGAGCCCUGGUUGCUCUUCCCGAUCAAUCCAGGUGCUGGCUUGAUUCCCAGCAACCUCAUGGCAGCUCACAAGUGUCUGCACUUUCAGUUCCAGGGGAGCUAACACACUCUUCUGUCCUCAUAGGGGCCAGGCGCACAUGUCAGACACAGACAUAUAUGCAGGCAAAGCACCCAUACUAUUAUAAAAUAAGAUAAUCAAAAACCAUUUUUGAGCCGGGUAGUAGUGUCUCAUGUCUUUGAUCCCAGCACUCGGAAGGCAGAGGUGGUAAAUCUCUGAGUUUGAGGCCUGCCUGGUCUACAGAGGAAGUUCCAGGACAGCUUGAAGAAACCUUGUCUCUAAACAAACAAACAAAUAAAUAAAAGUUUUUGAGACAGGAUAUUCUCUGUGUAGUAGCCCUGGUUAUCCUAGAAUUCCCUCUGUAGAUCAGGCUAGCCUCCAUCUCACAGAAAGCUGCCUGCUUCUGCCUCCUGAGUGCUGGGAUUAAAGUACACAGCACCACUGUUUGGUUUAAGGCCUAAUUUUAAAUAAAGUUGUUCUGUUUGUUGUUUUGUUAAUGGAAGGUAGGCUUGGGACCUCUGAGACCUCAGCCAGUGAGGUCUGACCCAGUCCAUACCCCUCAGAUAGAAAGGCAUUGGUUGGUGCCCAGAGCAGCAUUAAUGAUUCCUCCAUGUAAUCUGAGUCCUGAUCAUCACAGAUGGGGACAGAGUCUCCUGUGCAGAUCUCGGUGUGGCACAAGGAGAGGAGUGUCUCCCCCGCCCCCUCGAUGCUGAGGCCCAUACACAUUCCCACAGAUGGGAGUCCAGGCUGCACGGAAGGUUGGCAGUCAGGGUGCUGCAUGGGGCUCGCAGAGGAGGAGGACUACUCCAUGAGCUGACCUCCUCGCCACACCCUCCUCUCCUACACAGCCCAGCUCCCAGCACUGUCCCCUGGCCCUCCAAGCCAACUCUGUACACAGCUCUAUACAGACUCUAUCCCACACUGUCCCUGGAGUCACCCCAUGCGCUGACCUGACAAGCUGAGCCAGCCUCUCUUGUCAAAGCCAAGCUCCCUUUGCCAACGUCCAGGCUGUUCAACCACCAUCCUGUUACCACAUAAUCUAAACCAACAUACCUGAAAACACCUGUCACCUCUUUUAUUAUGCUACAUCAUGUGUGUGUAUUUGUGUGUGUGCGUGUGUGUGUCCAUCUUUCUGUCUGUCCCCUACACACACACGCGCACACAUAGACAUACACUCCAGCUUGAAUGUUGAGAUCAGACAACUUUCCUCCUCCUGCAAUGUGAGACUUAGUGAUUGAACUCAAGCUUGCUGGCAAGGGUGUUUACCUGCCGAGUCAUUUCAGGAGCCCCUGUCUGUGACCUGCUGAUUUGGGGUGAAUAUCGUUACUUUCCCAUCUCCCCAGGAGAGUUAGGGAACAGGCUUUCACUGAGAAGAACAGCGAUCCAGCAAGACCCUAAGUUCAUUUUCAGAAUCUGCCCGACAUGAGGUUUAGAUAGAAAUAGAGGGCCAAAGAGGCUAGAAAGCUGGAUCAGCGGUGAAGACCACCUUCUCUCUCUCUCUUCUGGUGAACCCAAAGCAACCUCAGGUCCCAGUACCCACAUUGGGAGGCUCACAACUGCCUACAACUCUAGCUUAGGGGAUCCUACACCCUGUUCUGGCCUCUGCAGAUGCCCAAAUACAAAUGCACGAACGUGUGUGCUCACACACACACACACACACACACACACACACACACAUUUAAGUAGAAGGUCACAGUUAUGCAGUUAAGGACAAUCCUGGGCAAAAGGAAGUUCUUCCCACCAGUGACCCAUCACGGGCUCAGCUCCAGUCUCUCUUACAAAGUGUUCUUAUCAUUUCUCAGAACCACGUGACAUCUCUUUCUGGGAGACAAACUUUCUCUGACUGUCACCAGGCUCCACUGGUCUGGGAGGGGCACGAGUGUCUCUCUCUUUAGAAUAAUUUCACUCCUGCUAGGACAGCAUCAGUUCCCACAGGGUGUGUGCCUGGGGACCCAUGCUGUCAUCAGGACUGAGAACCAGAGCUUUCGCUUUGAUGAGGUCUACCACAGUCUCAAGAGUUCAGGCGGAGUCAGACCCUGACAGGGCUGUCAACGAUGGGUGCCAGCUUCACAGUCCCUUGCUGGUGAGAAAGAGGAAGAAGCUGGGGUUGGCGGAGCAAGAGUGCCUCUCAGUCUUUUGACACACGUUGUUGUCAGCCCAGCGUGGACAUCAGGAACUUUGACCACUACGCAGACCUCAGACAGUCACCAGAGUGUGUGUGUGUGUGUGUGUGUGUGUGUGUGUAGAGCAGGAAACAGUGAGGAGGGGCACCAGCUAUCAGGCCCUCUCCCCUUCCAGCCAGAGCCAGGCCUGGAGUCAGUGGGAUAAAAGCCAGGCCUCUCCUCAAACCCCAGGCAGCCCCACCAUGCUGUGCUAACCAGCUUUUCCAACAUAAACACGAGGCCCAGGCUUAGGGACAUUUUUUAGAGAUGACAUCAGCUCUUAAAGUGACAUGUUUCCUGCCACUGUCAGCCGAGAACACAGCAUGUUUAGAGCCCACUGGUUGGAAAGGGGGUACCACAGAAAUAGCCCAUGUGGGCUGUGGUCACUAGGAGAGAUGCCCAAGCAGCCCUCUCAGUUGUGCUCAUGACCUGGCCUGGCAUUGCAGGAAUGAUACAAGGAGAGAGAAAAGGUCCUAACCCCCCAGGUCCCCAAACACACCAGGGAUGAGUGUUCCAGUUGUCCUCUCAUCUGUGGCCACACCCUUCCUGCUUUGUGCCAUUUGGCAUGUGUUACCACAUCCUUUAAGGACCAUGUCCAACAUCUCUCAAGUCUGUGGAGGCAGCCCUCAUUCCCACUCAUCAGUGUACCCCUCUCCAGCCUUCUCAGUCCCCUCAGACUCCAGCUGCUGACAGACUUGUGGAAGACAACACAGGAGACCGACCCAAGGGUAGUAAGAAUGGUAGGGAGGGGCUGCAAUGGUUAAUGUUAGUUGUCACUUUGGUAUAAUCUAGAAUCACUUGAGGAAGAGUCUCUGAGGAUGCCUGUGAGGGAUUGUCUUAAUUACAUUAAUUGAUGUGGGAAGACCUGCCCACUGUGAGUGGCACCAUUCCCUGGGCUUUGGGGUCCUGGACUUCAUAAAAAGGAAGUGAGCUGAGCAGCAACACACAUGCAUUUAUUUGUUCUCUGCUUCUUGGCUAUGGAUGCUAUAAAGUCAGCUGUCUUAAGCUCUUGUUGUUUUGAUCUCCUGGCAUUAGUAGACGAUUGAAGUGGAAACUUCUAGUUCUUUGGAAAGUUAGUUAUGCCAAAUGAUGUUUUGUGGGGCACACGGGUGAAAGGAUGUUUUGCUAAAGCAUACACAUGAAAGACUGUUCUUCUGAAGCAGACAUAGGUGAAAGGAUGUUUGGAUACAGCAGACACAUGAAAGGAUGCUUGAUAAAGGACUGUAAACAUGACUCCACAGACAGUGGGAGAGGAGCACUGGGCAUUGGUUUGGUUUGCUCUGCCUUGCUAUUCUUCACUACAGACAGACAUGCAUUGGUUCACCUUACAUAGCAUUGUAACUCACCCAAGAACUGCUCCUGAGGCUCCUACAGCAGCUUGCACUUUGUGACCUUGCCUCAGGCUGGUUGGGGAGCCUAUCGGUUUCUGUAGGAUUGAACUACAGCUGCCCAAGGACUGGAGUGAAGCUGCUGGUUCCUGCCUGGUGUCUGCCUGCCUAGAGGACUGGUCUGCAGCUACAAAGUUGUAUUUGGUGUUUGCUACGGGACUGAACUGCUGUCCAAGAAGACUGAGCUCACCCCCAAAAAACUAUUGCUGAACAGGCCCACUCCCCCCAACCCCCAUCCUAAUCACUUUUCUCUUCCAUUACCUGUGCUGGGUGGUGGGCUAGAGGAGAGGUUGAAGCCUUACUAAAAGUAGGUUGCAAACAAUUCAUGCCUACAGACUAUAAUCUGGAAAUGUGAGCUAAAUAAACCCUUUCACCCCUGAGUUACUGUGUUGAGGUACCUUAUCAUAUCAACAGGAACAAAACUAAGAUAGGCACUCCUGUUGAUCAUUUUCCUGCUCAGUCAGUAAAUUCUUGGUAAGGGGUCAACCCUAGCACCCACUCUGAGAAGCAUCUAUUACCCACGAUAUGCUGAAUACCCUUGGAACUGGGAGGAGACACUGACCCCUGACUCCAAGUUUUGUAAUGGAAGCCUGAGGACUCACCCUGAGCCCCCAACUGGACCCCUUACUGUGCAGGUAUCUACCUUGCUGUUGUCUCUGGACACCAACCAGACGGAGGGCCUGAAGGACUCUGGUAGUCAAUGGAGUGGAGUGGACCUGAAGACUAGCAGUCAUGUCUAGGAGGGACUGACUACCUCAAAACAGCCGUUUGAGGCUGGAGGAAUAUCUCAGUGGUUAAGAGUGGCUGCUUUUCCAGAGAACCCAUGAUCAAUUCCUAGAACCCACAUGGCAGCUCACAACUGUCUAUAACUCAAUUUCUAGGGUAUCUGACAUCAUCACACAGAUAUACAUACAGGCAAAACACCAAUGCACAUAAAAAACAAACCAUUAAAAGAGAUUUAAUAAAAACAGCUCUUUCAACUCCCCUGACUCAGGCCCUAGAACUAAAUAAAGCCAUCUGUGAAGGCUGUGGGGUGUCCACCCGUCACUGUCUCAGUUACGUGUUGCUGAGGCAGAAUACCUGACGAGAGCCACUUAGGAAAGGGUGUACGGUUCCAGGGUACAGGGAGGAGGACAGGGCGGUAGGAAUGGGAAGUGGCUGGCCACAGGCAUCUGCCUGUCAGGAAGCAGAGAGAGGUGGAUAGAUGCUGGUGCUCAGCUCCCUGCUUUUUAUUCAGCCGAGACCUCAGCUCUGGGAUGGUGUUGCCCACAUUCAGUGUGGGUUUUCCUACACUGACCCUAUAUAGGUAAUUCCUAACAGACAUAGCCAGAGAUUUGUCUCCAUGGUGACUCUUAAGUCCCAUCGAGUUGACAAGAUUAACCACACUGUUAGCCAUUUUUAUGGCAAUUGUAAAAUUCUGUUUUGCCCCACACUAUUGAGUGCUCUCUGCUCUGGCUAGAGGGAUCGUGGGUGGAGGGGCAGGCAUACCUCUUACCCCAGGGGAGCGGGGCUCUCAGAGGAGGCAGGGGCAAGUUCACCAGUGACGUGGAAUUUCAGGCUCGAGGGCUGGGGAUAGGCAGCUGUAGAACCUUCCUGAAAGUGGAGGAGGCAGCCUCGGGAAUGCUUGGAGAAUGGAUAGAAAAACCCCAACCACAAAGGGAGAAGGCCUGAGGCUGAGAGAAACGCAUACAGUGGAGGCAAGGGGUGCUUCAGGCUGAGUAGAGUGAGGGGAUUAUCAGAAGGGAGGCUUUUCUGAGGGAGGCUCAUUGCUAGUAGAACUGUCUUGGGAUGGAAGCAGGUGGUAGAAACUGUCGCGCGCCCAAUGUCCCGCCAGCAAGAACGACGCGCGGCAACAGGAUUCUUCUGCGAGCAAGCCUUUACUGUGUUACAGCUCUCUUAGUGUUACAGCUCUCUUGAACAGGGACUCCGAGCAGCAAAAUCGCUUGGCUUAUAUGGACAACAGUAUGCUAAUUAACUCUCAGGGAUUGGUGGGGCUUGGAUCACCCCACUACUUGUCCUCCAGGGAUUGGCGGAGAAUGAAUCACCUCAUUAGCAUAUUAAUGGUCAACUGACACCUGGUGCAUAAACCGCACAUGUGCAGUACCGCUGUUCACCACUAGAGGGAGCCCUAGCAAGGGGACAAGCCUGCACAUGCGCAGUAAGUCGUUUAUAUCCAGACAAGGCUGGAUGUCGGCGCCAUCUUUGUUUCGCCACGCCGCUCUCUACAAGAAACCUUGACUCACACAGUUUCACAGACAUCAAUGGCUGAGGAAAAGAUGAGUCUGAGGAGAGGAAGCUUACGUGGAAUACCCAACACCACCUUCUUGAGAGAGUUUCUGUGGCAGCAAGAAGGGUAAACUGAGACAUUAUCAACCCAAGUCUCAAGUGGUUCCCAAGUCCACACCCCCUCCUCAGGAUGCCCGGGUCUGUGCUGAAGGUUGCAUGUGAGGCCCAGAGGGAGCUGGGAGGACUGGGCCACCUCCACCGAUGCUGCCCUUCUUCCUUGGGAAGGAGCCAGCCGGAUGCCCAGGGCCCAGUGCUGAGGCUACUGCUGACUCAGUUGCUUUUAGUCAGCUCAGCAUUCUGGCCUAUGCCCGCCCCGUGGGAUUAGAAACUCUUUGUUGGGGUCAGGCCACAGACCACACCCCUGACUAGAGGCUUCCAUGUCUGUAGUCUCUGCUUUGUGGGGAAGUGUGGGGCCCAGGAGUCAUUCAGAGAGACCUGUAGCUGACAACAGUGGCCUUGGGUGUCCAGGGCUGAGGAUCAUCUUGGGUAAGCUGGUGGGCUUAAUCAGAAAGGGGUUCCCAGUGGAAGAGGUCAGAGGGCCCUAGAUAGGGAGAUCACCCCAUACAGGCUACACAGUAGGGCAGGGCGGUAGGAGGCUGAGGGGUUUUCGGGCUCCCCAAGCAGACUGGCACUUUCUGAGGCAGAGGUGGGUUCCCAUUAGAUAAGAGUCACUUGAGAGGUGUGGGCUGCAUCAUUCCAACGCACCAUGGUCAGAAGAGGAACCGAUUUGAAGUUUGGCCCAUUAGCUCAGCUUCUGCACAUUGUUAAAUGCAGGGUCCUACACACAGCUGGUGUGCGCCCAGACAAGCUGCUCUGUGACCUCUUUCUCUUCCCUCCUGUCCUACGUCCCUGAGCUGACAGGGGCUCUUAGGCAUGGAGGAGGGUGGGGUGUCAUGAAGCCAGUGUGGGUCGUUAUCCUUGGGUGGAUCCUGCUGGUGCCCAGGGUAGGGACUGCCCAGAGAGGACCCCCAGAAGAGGCAUCCUUCUACCAUGGAACCUUUCCACCAGGCUUCUCCUGGGGCAUGGGCAGUUCUGCCUACCAGACAAAAGAUGCAUGGGACCAGGAUGGGGAAGGGCCCAGCAGCUGGGACAACUUCACACAUGGCAGAAAGGGACAGGUGCUAGGGGGUGACACAGCAGACUCAGCCUGUGACAGCUACUAUAAACUUCAGGAGGACAUUGCCCUGCUGAAGGAACUACAAGUCAGCCACUACCAAUUUUCCCUGUCUUGGCCCAGGCUCCUGCCCACCGGGAUCAGAGCUGAACAGGUGAACAAGAAUGAAAUCAAAUUCUACAGCGACUUUAUUGACGCCCUUCUGAGGAGCAACAUCACCCCCAUUGUGACCUUGUACCACUGGGAACUGCCACAGAUGCUCCAGGUGACAUAUGGUGGGUGGCAGAAUGUGAGUAUGACCGGAUACUUCAGGGACUAUGCUGACCUGUGUUUUGAGGUCUUUGGGGACCGAGUGAAGCAUUGGCUCACGUUCAGUGAUCCUCGGACAAUGGUGGAAAAGGUCUAUGAGACUGGUCUCCACACUCCAGGCCUGAGGCUCCAGGGUACUGGCCUGUACAUGGCCGCACACCAUAUCAUUAAGGCACACGCCCAAGCUUGGCAUUCUUAUAACAACACAUGGCGCAGUAAACAGCACGGCCUAGUGGGGAUUUCAUUGGACUGUGACUGGGGGGAACCCAUGGACAUCCACAACCCCGACGAUCUUGAGGCUGCUGAGCGAUACCUACAGUUCUGUCUUGGUUGGUUUGCCAACCCUAUUUAUGCUGGUGACUAUCCCCAAGUCAUGAAGGACCACAUUGGAACAAAGAGCGCCAAGCAAGGCCUGGAGAUGUCGAGGUUGCCCACGUUCUCCCUGCAGGAGAAGAGCUACCUUAAAGGCACAUCUGACUUCCUGGGACUGGGCCAUUUUACCACUCGGUACAUCACUCAAAGGAAAUAUCCCUCCCACCAGGGGCCCAGCUACCAGAAUGACCGUGACUUAAUAGAGCUUGUGGACCCCAACUGGCCAGAAAUAGGAUCUCCAUGGCUUUAUUCUGUGCCGUGGGGAUUCAGGAGGCUUCUCAACUUUGCCCAGACUCAGUACGGUGACCCUCUUAUAUAUGUGACAGAAAGUGGAGCACCCCAAAAUUUACACUGCACUCAGUUCUGCGAUGAGUGGAGAAUUCAGUACCUUAAAGGAUACAUCAAUGAAAUGUUAAAAGCUAUAAAAGAUGGUGUGGAUAUAAAAGGGUAUACUUCCCGGUCUCUGUUGGAUAAGUUUGAAUGGGAGAAAUAUGGAUUCUACUAUAUUGAGUUCAAUGUGAGAAACAAGCCGCGGUAUCCCAAGGCUUCUGUUCAGUAUUACAAGGAGAUUAUCACAGCCAACGGGUUUCCAAACUCACAAGAGGUGGAAAGUUGGCGUCUCAAAGCCUUGGAAACUUGCUCCAUCAACAACCAGAUGCUUGCCACAGAGCCCUUGCUUAGGCGCAUGCACGUGCCUUCAGAGAUCGUGGUCCCUACCGUCUGCGUCCUCUCCAUCCUCAUUGCUGCCCUGCUGCUGACACUUCUCCUCAGGAGCCACAGCUGAGAUGUGAUCUCAUCCCGGCCUCCACAUGUCAGAGCAUCUUCAGGAUGGCCCUUCUCUUCUGCUUCAGAGUUCAUGUGAUGGCUAUUUCUUAGGCUCUGAAAAUUAACUCACUCUUUCCCCCCUUUGUGUUUCGUGCUGGGAUUUAAGAAUAAGAAAAUAAAAAUAAGCAUAAAUAAAAUGAAAGUAA